UGAUGGUACCUUUUCAACAGAUUGCAGGCAGCGGAGCUGUGACAAAAGACAUGAAAUAAUAAUUGAUUAAUACUAAUAAGUGAUGAAUUAAUUUAAGGUUGAGUCCUCGCGGGACGGCAGCGGACAUGGCUGCUGGUGUCUUACUCUUCGUUGGAGUGAACCUCGCAUGUUUAUCUGUCAGUGGAAACUUGGUCUCUGGGGAAAGAUCGUUCUCUAUAGACUACAAAAACAACUGUUUCCUCAAAGAUGAGAAGCCUUUUCAGUUCAUCUCAGGCAGCAUUCACUACUCCAGAAUCCCACAGUACUACUGGAAGGACCGGCUCGUAAAGAUGUACAUGACUGGACUCAAUGCUGUCCAAGUAUAUGUUCCCUGGAACUUCCAUGAAACAGUACAGGGCGUGUACAACUUCACAGGGGACCGAGACCUGGAACAUUUUUUGGAUCUGGCCAAUCAGACAGGUCUUCUGGUCAUCCUGCGUCCUGGACCGUACAUUUGUGCAGAGUGGGAAAUGGGUGGAUUGCCAGCAUGGCUACUUCAGAAACCAAAUAUCAUACUUCGCUCAGCUGAUGCAGAUUAUAUCCAGGCAGUCAGCAACUGGCUUGCCGUUCUUCUGUCCAAAAUGAAGCCUUGGCUUUAUGUCAACGGGGGAAACAUCAUUACUGUCCAGGUGGAGAAUGAAUAUGGAAGUUACUUUGCUUGUGACUACAACUACAUGCGUCACCUGCGGACUCUGUUCCGCUUCUUUCUGGGUGAAGACACAGUCCUGUUCACCACUGAUGGAAACACAGACAAGGAAAUGGCAUGCGGGAGUCUGGAGGGAUUAUAUGCAACAGUAGACUUUGGCACAGACACCAACAUAACUGAAGCCUUCAGUCGGCAAAGACGGUUUGAACCUCGAGGGCCACUGGUGAACUCGGAGUUCUACACUGGCUGGUUGGACCACUGGGGAGAUCAGCAUGCUGUGGUUAAUGCCCAGAAGGUCAGCAGAAUGCUAGGAGAAAUGCUAACCAUGGGGGCCAGCGUCAACAUGUACAUGUUUGAAGGAGGCACUAAUUUUGGCUACUGGAAUGGUGCUGAUCAUGACACAAGGUUCCGCUCAGUCGUGACUAGUUAUGAUUAUGACGCCCCGCUGUCUGAGGCAGGAGACCCCACAGAGAAGCUGUUGGCCAUCAGAGAUGUUAUUAAGCAGUUUAGAGAUAUUCCCUCUGGCCCCAUGCCGCCAGCAACUCCCAAGUUUGCCUACGGCUUUGUGACCCUAAAAAAGGUUGGCAACAUCAGCGAUCUGUUGAACACCCUGUCGCCCCUUGGACCAGUGGAAUCCCAGUAUCCUCUGACAUGUGAAGAGAUGAAACAGUACUAUGGAUACAUGCUUUAUCGGACCACCCUGCCCCGGGACCUCUCAGAGCCUACGCCACUUAUCUCUCCACUGAAUGGGGUUCAUGACCGUGCAUAUGUGUCCGUCAAUGGGGUUUUCCAGGGUCUAUUGGAGAGAGACACUGUUCUUGUGAUGAACCUUACUGGACAGCAGGGGGACACUGUGGACAUCCUUGUUGAGAACAUGGGCAGGGUGAACUUUGGCAGCAAGAUCAAUGACUACAAGGGCCUUUUGAGCGACCUGAUCCUGGGUAAAGAUGUACUGACUAACUGGAAGAUCUACCCUUUGGACAUUGAUGGAGCCAUUGCUGGUGGAUGGCCUCAUUCAGACGGUCAAAAGUCUCGCCCACCUCCUAAGAAAGAGUCUUCAGUUGGACCAGUCUUUUACAUGGGGACCUUACAGCCCAACGGCCUUGCCUGGGACACCUUUCUCAAACUCCAUGAGUGGAAAAAGGGUCAGAUUUGGAUCAAUGGUAUGAAUCUGGGACGAUACUGGCCAGCCAAGGGCCCUCAACAGACUCUUUAUGUCCCUGGACCCCUGCUCAGCACCACCCAGCCAAACAACAUCACAGUGCUGGAGCUGGAAGGGGCCCCAGCUCACCUACGGAUUCUGUUCAUGGACCGACCUCAACUCAACUUCACUGCUGGAAAGUCUUAACAGACCGCACUGCGUAUUGUAGUACGAUAUUUUCAACACUCAGCUGUAGGCAACUACAUCCCAAUAUGUGUGUAAAGCAAGUUUGACUAAAGCCAAAUAGAAGUCUUUGGAACAAUUCACCUGAUGUGAGAAAAAUGCGCAAUGCUUUUUCCUUAUUAUUUCUGUGGCAUCACUAUUCUUGAUCACUUCAGAUUUCAGUGUAUCAUUUGUAGCCAGUUUCUUCUAUCGUUGCACUCCAGUGUCAGCUGCUUUAAAACAUUCAGUCAAACAGUGA